AAUAGGGUUUUGCAGGAUUAAUAAUUCUUGACAUUGCCGCCGUCAUCGUGAUUCCAAGUUUCAGUUCCGUCAGCGCAUUAUUGAAAGCUCCUCUGAGAGCUUUGUUUCUCUGAACCAUGAUGCGUCGUACACAACCGCUGCACCGCCGAUUAGUGAUCGGACUCCUCCAUCGAAACAACACUUUCCGAUCUUUCGCCAGUGUUGACCUUUCCACCGUUGAUCCUUCCUCCCCACUCCUCCAGUACUACACCGUUACACCCCCAAUUAAACCUUGGCCACAACGCCUCCAUCCAAAGCGCCUCGUUUCCAUGAUCAAUCGCCAACAAAACCUCGAUCUCGCCCUCCAAAUCUUCCUCUACGCUGGCAAGUUCCACCCCAACUUUUGCCAUAAUUUCGACACCUACCAAUCCAUCAUCCAAAAACUCUCUCGUGCACGUGCCUUCGAACCCAUGGAAUCCCUCAUAUCUCAGCUCCAAAAUUCCCAAAUCAAAUGCGGCGAAAAUCUUUUUAUCACUGUUAUCCGAAAUUACGGCCUGGCUUCCCUCCCAAAAUUGGCUGUAAAAACCUUUCUGCGGAUUGAAAACUUCAACGUGCAACGAUCUGUUCGAUCAUUAAACACUUUGUUAAACGUUUUGAUUCAAAACAAACGGUACGAUUUGGUUCACUUAAUGUUCAAAAGCAGCAAAACAAAAUUUAACGUGAUACCGAAUGUUUUUACUGGCAAUAUCUUGAUCAAAGCUCUUUGUCAGAAAAAAGACGUCGAAGCCGCAUAUAAAGUGCUUGAUGAAAUGCCUGCGAUGGGAAUGGUACCAAAUUUGGUUACUUACACGACAAUUCUCGGUGGAUAUUUGGCGAGGGGCGAUAUGCGAAACGGGAAGAGGGUUUUUCAGGAGUUACUAGACAGAGGGUGGAUUCCAGAUGCAACGACGUAUACGGUUUUAAUGGACGGGUAUUGUAAAAUGGGAAAGUUCAAUGAAGCUGUUAAAGUGAUGGAUGAAAUGGAGGAAAAUGGUGUUGCUCCAAAUGAGGUUACUUAUGGAGUUAUGAUUGAGGCCUUCUGUAAAGAGAAGAAAUCCGGGGAAGCGCUUAACAUGUUCGACGAUAUGCUUCAGAGAAAGUAUAUCCCCAGUUCUUCGCUUUCUUGUAAAGUAAUUGAUCUGUUGUGUGAAGAAGGCAGAGUGGAGGAAGGUUGUUACUUGUGGAAGAAGAUGUUGAAAAAUGAUUGUUUGCCGGAUAAUGCAAUAUUGAGUACUUUGAUUCAUUGGCUUUGUAAGGAAGGGAAAGUUUGGGAGGCUAGGAAAAUAUUUGAUGAGUUCGAGAAAGGUUCAGUUCCAAGUUUAUUGACGUAUAACACUUUAAUUAAUGGCAUGUGUGAGAAAGGAGAAUUGAGUGAGGCGGGGAAGUUGUGGGAUGAUAUGGUGGAAAAAGGAUGUAAUCCAAAUGUGUUCACCUACAAUAUAUUGAUUAAAGGAUUUUGUAAGAUUGGUAAUGCGACGGAGGGGAUUAGAAUUCUGGAGGAAAUGCUGGAUAAAGGCUGUUUGCCAAAUAAAGCAACAUACAAUAUAUUGAUUGAAGUGCUUCAGGUUAUGGGAAAGGAAGGUGAAGUUGAGAAAGUUGUUUCAAUGGCUAUGUCAAGUGGGAGAGUUGAUAGGAGUUCUUGGGAUCUAUUUUUAACCAAGAUUGUUGGCAAACUGAAUAAUGGGGUUGAUCUUCUUCAUCAGUUGUUGGAGAGUGCUAACUAAAGGAUCAAUGUCUUUAAGAAUCUCAGAUUUUUAAUGUUGUUUGGAAAUCAACUACAUCAUUAAGUUUAUUUGGGUUAGACAACUGUUUAAAGGAGAUGAAACAACGAUUGGGAGUGUUUUAUGAACAAUUGCAACAUUGGUCAUGAAUUGCUUUGUAACUCUCUCUAUGGUGUAGGUCAUCAUGCAUGCGGAAGUUAAAGAACAUGGGGAACAUUCCCUUAGCCAAUUCAUUAAAACCGAGUCAAAGUAAGGAUUUUAGAGGCGACUGAGACGUCUGAAUAGGUGCAUGCAAGUUUUCUGAUGGUAAACAUUGUGAAGUUCACAAAGACAAUUCCAGUGAGAAGAUUCCGUUUUUACUGGGAUGGUAGGACAGAUAUUUAAAUCUCACUUGGAGGGGGUGAAGACUGGACGAUUUAACUUGAAAGAAUGUUGCCUUGCCUCAGUCAAUAGGUGGUCCUUGGGCAGCACUGGGGUCUGGAGUGGUAAGUACUCUAGUGGACAAUUUUGUUGCCACUAAUGUAUACAGCUAGUGGGAAACAAGCUGUCUGGUCCAAACAAGAGAAACUUUCUACUUGCCAUAUGCUUUAGUAGUUGUAGAUUUUAAAUUAAAAAUCAAGCCUUGUGUCUUUUGACUUUCGUCAAGUAGAUAUAGUAAGUAGAUUUGAGUCUGUAAACCUUUAAAUGUUCACGUGGGUUAAAGAAAAAUAAAGAACAAAAGGCAAACUCUGCAAACAUAUAAUUAUUCCUUUUUUUCACAAUAAAGGAGAGGGAAAGCAAAGUUAAUAA